ACCAAAUCAAUAAUGGAAGAUGUUGAAGUGGAUGAACAAGUUUAUAAGCGGGACCAAGUCAGUAAAUGGACCAGGGCCCGCAAAGAGGAUAAACGAGAAAAUUCCAAUAAGAGACAAAAGACAGAGGAACGGCCGGAUCGCCGCAGUUCGAACAACGAUUACCAACCUAGAGUAGAUGAAGAAGGCAAUGUUAUUAAGAGUGAAAGAAGACCCAAGCGGAAGGUUGCUUGUAUGAUUGGAUACUGUGGUACCGGUUAUAAUGGAAUGCAAAUUCAGAAUAAUCCUGAUGUUAAGACUAUAGAGGGAGAACUCUUCCAAGCCUUCAUAAAUGCUGGAGCUAUAUCACAAGAAAACUCGAACGAUUUGAAGAAGAACGGUUUUAUGAGGGCCGCUAGAACAGAUAAGGGGGUUCAUGCUGCAGGAAACGUUAUUUCUUGCAAGUUGAUUAUUGAAGACGAAGAUAUCUUGCAAAAAAUUAACAAGGCGUUACCUGAACAAAUCAGAAUCUGGGGAAUUGAAAGAACCAAUAGGUCUUUUGAUUGUAGAAAGAUGUGUUCUUCUCGUGUCUAUGAAUAUUUAUUGCCUACCCACAGUUUUUUGCCUCCAAGACCUGGAACCGUAUUAUAUGGCCAGUUGAAGGAAGAAAGUACUGCUAAUCCUGGCUUUUACAGAGAUAAUGAAGAAGACGAAAAAUGGUGGAAAGAAACCCUUGCAGCCAUGGACAAAGUCAAAGCAGAAGUUGGUUUGAAAGAUGAAAAUGUUCCUGAUGCUGACCAAGAAAAAGAGAAGUUGUACAAUGAAGAAGGUCAAAUAACAGAAUUUGGUAUUAAGGCCAAGAAAAUCAAACAAGCGGAAAACACAAGAAGAAGAGACUACAAAGUUCUGAAUGAUAAGCUUGAAUUAUUCAGAGACGCUUUGAAGCAAUAUGAAGGAUCUCAUAACUUCCACAACUACACUGUUGGUAAGAAUUACAAGGAUCCAAGUGCUAGAAGAUAUAUGAAAUCGACUAAAGUCAGCGAACCUUUCAUUAUCGGUGAUACCGAAUGGGUCUCUAUCAAGAUCCAUGGGCAAUCAUUCAUGCUUCAUCAAAUUAGAAAGAUGAUCGCCAUGGCAGUGAUGCUCGUUAGAACUGGAUGUCCUGCCACUAGAAUCAACGAAACGUUUUCUUCCACAAGAGUCAACAUUCCCAAGGCCCCAGCCUUGGGAUUGCUCUUGGAGAACCCGGUCUACGAAACUUACAAUUCCAUGUUAGAAAAGUAUGGAUAUAACAAGAUUGACUUCAGUCGAUACCAAAAGGAAAUGGAUGACUUCAAGAUGAAGUUCAUUUAUGACAAGAUUUAUAACGAAGAACGUCGGGAAAACUCGUUCCAUGGAUUCUUUGGUUUCAUUGACAACUUCGAGAAUGAAGAAGCCGAGUACAAUGUAUUCAAAUUUUUGAAUACAAAAUUCGAAGUAGGAUUCAGUGAAGAGAAGAACAAGGAUUCUACCAAAGACAAGGAUUCUAAGGACAAGCAAGACAAAUUCGACAACGUAGAUUAAAAAUAUUACCAUUAUGCACAAUCUAUAAAACACUAAUAGAUCAUUACCUCUAACACAUUACUUUGGUCAAGUUAUAACCAGUUCGGAUUCUGCUUUACAGUACUCUUCUUUGCAUUUGCAUACAACUGUUGUUGCUGUAAUUGAUCAACAUUUUGAUACUCUAUUGGCACUGUUGGUUGCAGUUGGCCUCCCUGUUGAUGAGGGAUAUGCUGGACCACCGGAGGAGGCUGUUGUGCUUGUUGAAGAACUGGGCGAAGCUUUUGAACUUGGUCAUUCUCCUUAUCUUUUUCAUCAUUAUUAUCGUUAUUGUUGUUAGCGUUAUUGUUAUCAAUCAUCUUUUGUUCCCUUUGCUUUUCUUGUUGGAAUUUGUACAAAGUCCAAUCAAAAACAUAGUCAUAUCUAUAGUUUUCUCUCUUGAAUAAAUCCCUGAACAACUUUCUCAAAAAUGGGUAAUCCGGCUUAUCCUCAAACCGCAAAGAUUUGACAUAAUCCAUGUAGUCCAAGAACUCCUUGGGUAAACCCUUGGUCAAGAUGUCACUGGGAGUAGUCAUCUUCUUCUCCAUGAUCCGGUCAUACUUUUGUCUUUUUGUGGCAGCUUUUAAACCUUGCCAUGGUAAGGAACCACGACAAAAGUAGAUCAAUACGUAACCCAAACUCUCCAAGUCAUCUCGUCUCAGCUGUUCAAUCCCCAAAUGAGUAUUGACAGAGGUGUAUCUUGCGGUUCCCGUCAAGUUUUUGUUUUCUCUGUAUGGUAUGUGCAAGUGGGUUCUUGGAUCCCGGUAUUUUUUGGCCAAUCCGAAAUCAAUCACAUUCACCUGAGAACCUCUGCGUCCGAUCCCCAUCAAAAAGUUAUCAGGCUUGAUAUCUCUAUGGAUAAAGCAUCUGGCAUGGAUGUAUUCUAUCCGGCAAAUCAACUGAUCUGCCAAGAGUAACACAGUUUUGUAGGUGAAUUUCCGGUUACAAUAGUUGAAUAAAUCUUCCAAAGAAGGUCCCAAUAAAUCUAUCACCAUGGCGUUGUAGUCACACUCGGUUCCAUACCAUCUGACAAAGGGGAUUCCAACCCCACCACUCAACGCUUUGUAUACUUUUGCUUCAUAUUCUAAUUGAGGGUGUUUUGCUUUGGUGUUCUCCAAUUUGAUGGCCACUUCUUCACCAGAAAUGAUGUUGGUGCCAAGGUAGAUAUCACCGAACGAUCCACUACCGAUCUUUCUUCCGAUCCUGUACUUUUUACCGACCCGUAAAUCCAUUACUGAAAAUAAAUCCUGAGUCUGUGCCUUGUGGUAAAGCUCUC